CCCGACUCGAACCGCAGUCAUGGGAAACACCACCAGCGACCGAGUGUCCGGGGAGCGCCACGGCGCCAAGGCGGCGCGUGCUGAGGGGGCCGGCGGCCAUGCCCCGGGCAAGGAACACAAGAUCAUGGUGGGCAGCACCGACGACCCCAGCGUCUUCAGCCUGCAGGACUCUAAGCUCCCCGGGGACAAAGAGUUUGUAUCAUGGCAGCAAGAGUUGGAGGACGCUGUAAAGCCCGCACAGCAGGCUCGGCCCACUGUUAUUCGCUGGUCUGAAGGAGGCAAGGAAGUCUUCAUCUCUGGAUCCUUCAACAAUUGGAGCACGAAGAUUCCACUAAUUAAAAGCCAUAAUGAUUUUGUUGCCAUCCUGGACCUUCCUGAAGGAGAGCACCAGUAUAAGUUCUUCGUAGAUGGACAGUGGGUUCAUGACCCAUCAGAGCCUGUAGUAACCAGUCAGCUUGGCACAAUUAAUAACUUGAUCCAUGUCAAGAAAUCGGAUUUUGAGGUGUUUGAUGCUUUAAAGCUAGAUUCUAUGGAAAGUUCAGAGACUUCUUGCCGAGACCUUUCCAGCUCACCCCCGGGGCCUUAUGGUCAAGAAAUGUAUGUGUUUCGGUCUGAGGAGAGAUUCAAAUCUCCACCCAUCCUUCCUCCACACCUUCUCCAGGUUAUUCUUAACAAGGACACUAACAUUUCUUGUGACCCAGCUUUGCUUCCUGAGCCCAAUCAUGUUAUGCUGAACCAUCUCUAUGCACUGUCCAUUAAGGACAGCGUCAUGGUUCUUAGUGCAACUCAUCGCUACAAGAAGAAGUAUGUCACAACUCUGCUGUACAAACCUAUCUGAGGGACACCUUCCUGCCUCCCAGGAUUCCAGAGAAGCGUCUCCCUUACCUUUCUGGACUGAGCCAGUCUUAACCUGAGACUGGAAGGCCAAUUUGCUUUGAGGCUGAUUGAUAUGUGUGUUCCAGAGCCUCUAAGUAGGAUGCUCUGCUUUUGCAUUUGAUUGCAGAUGAGAGCUUUAUGAAAUCAUGGAAUUUAUUUUAAGAAAAAAAUAUAUGCACAUAUAUGUGAGAAUAAGAUCAUUGGAACCUCCUAACCCCAACUCGAUGUACCCUCUCAGCAUAUGGGCACUCAUCAAGAUCUGCUUAGGAGAGUUGAGGAAAGGAUCAUACAGCUUUUUUCCUAAAAUGAAUGAAUAGCACACACUCAGGAUCCUUAUUGGAUGGAGAUUCUAUCUCUGCUUCCUAGGAUCUCCAAGGAAAUGUCAUGCCAGACUGCUGCCCUUCUCAACAGCUGCCUC